AUGAAACUCCUUCUCACCACUCUCAUCCUCCCAUCCCUCCUCUCCACCCACUUGCUCUUCGCAACCGCAAUAUCCAUACCAUCACCCCAAGAAACCCACCCCGACGCCAACUGCGACUGCUACAUCACUUCCAGCUUCACCUCCAACUCCAACCUUACAGCCCCAACGUACUUCACGCACUACAAAUUCUGGGACUUCCGCAACGCACCCCUUCCCCAAAGCGGCCCCGAAACAACCCAAACCAACCCGUCCAACCCGCACGACACCUCCACGUUGGAAAUCUACCCCCUAACCAAAACCCUCUUCUCGCACGACUGGCGCGCCCAAACCUGGGACCGCGAAGCAACAGACAUCAGCCCUGUGCCGAUGAAAAACACCGACGGGAAUGUCUUCCUGCUCAAGCACCCAUCCAGCACACCCAGGGACCCUCGCUCAUCAUUCCUAGUGCUCCGCACCACUCGAUUCCAGGACCACGCAUCAACAGCCGAAAUGGAAGGUCUAUUCGGACACAUAUACCACUGUUCGCUACGACUACGAAUGAGACUGAUGUCUCGAGACGAUAUCGUAACGACAGCAGCAUCCACACACCCUAAUAACCAACCAGGUUCGCAACCCGGAUCACAAUCCAAAAUCCCCCAAGGCAGCUGCGCCGGCAUUUUCACCUACCGGUCGUCGAUCUGCGAAUCCGACAUCGAAAUACUGACCACCGAAGACAGCCACACAGUCCAUUACGCCAAUCAACCAGACUACGAUCCUAUCUCGGAUACCUUGAUCCCAGGGGCAAGUUCGAUCGUGAAUCUGACCAAGCCGUGGACGUCGUGGACGACGCAUCGACUGGACUGGGUGGCUGAUAUGUCGGCCUGGUAUGCGGAUGGGCAGUUACAGAGUAAGAGUAACUAUUCGGUGCCGGAUCGGCCGAGUAUCGUGGCGAUGAAUCUGUGGAGUAAUGGGGGCAACUGGUCAGGGGAUAUGAAGGUCGGAGAGAGUGUGUUCAUGGGGAUUGAGUGGAUUGAGUUGGUGUAUAAUGUUACUAAGGCUGAUCAGGAUCUUCCUAUUAAAGAUCAUCCGGGGCAUCGGGAUCGGUAUCAUCGGGUUGGAGGGCUUGGUUCUGCUUCUGCUUCUUUUUCUUCUUCGGCUUCUUCUGUGGGUGGGGAUUUGGUGGAUGAGGAAGAUGUCGAGCGGCAGAUGGGGAAGGCUAAGGAGAAGAGCGAUGGGUGUCAGAGACCGUGCUGGAUUGAUCCGUGGCAUCCUGUGUAG